GAACCCGGGGGGCUCAGAGCGGAAGUACGUCAGAGAAGACCGGGCGGGGCGCAGGUAGAGGGCACGAAGAAGGUAAACUUUUAGAAAAACCUCUGCACCUCGGUUUGUCGCUUCAGACUCUUGAGGAAAGUCGAUGAAGAGUUUUCCGAGGACGAUUUAGCAACGCAAACAAGUGCAACAUGUGUGGAGGUCUGUCCCACUGUAAGAUAGCCCUGGUCUUCGCUGUGAUCAUGGACUUACUGGGAGGAUCUGCUCUGCUGAUCGGGGUCUUUGCACCUCUAGAAAUCCAAGGGAGGGACUUUGGAGACCUUUUAGUGUACACUGGUGCCCUGUUUGUCGUGACGUCUCUGGCGGGCUGGGUGCUGUGGUACAGUGGGAACAUCGAGGGUCUGAGUUCAAAGAAGGAGCUGGGUCACAUCGGCAGCGCUGUCGAUCGUUUGGCCCGAAACCUCAGCCGCAAGAUCCGCAGCUACCGGACCCACCACUAAACCAAGGGUGGCAGCACUGAGCAACAUGGAGCAUCCCACCUGCUGGACACAGUAUUACAGAGGUCCUUACUAUUUUCACACCACGUACAGUUUCUAAAUAAUGUGGAUUUCAAAGGUAAAUAUAGGACAGUCACAAAGCCAGGUCAAGGUCUAAUGUGUGACUAAACUUGAUUAAACCCAGGAUUCAAUUGAAACUAAAAUAUGGUUCUAUCAGGACUAUUAUUAUAAAAGAAUGAGAACUAAAUUCAAUUUCUGGCGCAGUGUCUGUCACCUAAUUUUCUCUAUGGAAAUAAUGAGGUUCAGUUCAAUCAAUCCAGUUAGAUUUUUAUUAAGAACACAAAAUAUCUGGUUCAAGUUGUUGUAGCUUUAUAGUUCCAUAGUAUGACAUUAACCUCAUCUAUGCCCAUGGAGAUUAUUUUGAAUAAUUAAUAGGGAUGUAACAAUAACCGAAAUAUCGUGGUAUUGUAUCGUCAAAAUUCUCGCAAUAAUAUCGUAGACCAUCACAAUAUAUCGAAUUACAAGCCUCUUUGCUUAAAUUAAGAGUUAUGAUGCAGCAAUAGCUACAAAAAGACAGAGAGAACUACAUAGACCAUGAUCCUUUGCUCCAUUUCAGUGUAGACUAUAAUAGAUAAUGGAAAUAACAGUUCUAAGGACUUUUAAGUCUUGGUUCUUUGGAUUAAGUCUUGUCAAGGUAUUUUAAGAGGAAAAAGUAGCAUAUUAACAGUUUUGUUAACCUCCAUAAAAUAUUGAAAUAGAUAUUGUACCGUGAGAUGUAUAUCAUGAAAUAUUCAUACUGAAAGAUUUUAGGUAUUGUUAUCGUGAGCCUCCCCACCAUAUCAUGAUCUUCCCCACAAUAUCGCAAUAAAUAUCGUACCGCGAGGUUUAUACCGUGACGAUAUCGUAUUGUGAGACUUGGAUAUUGUUACACCCCUACUAAUAAAUUAGCUCUAAUUAAAUAAUUGCUACAUAUAUAACCUAAAAUCCUUACAAGUCAAAUCAAUGACGGCUGCAUGGAGACAAACAAGUGGUGGAACCCCACCAGAAAAGUUACAUAGUGAACCUUUAAGCAAGAACUGCUGUAUACUGGCCAAGGUCAUGACUAUAUUUAGUAAUUGCGGCUAAUCUGUAAUUACUGAACCAAAAUAGAUCUAAAACAAGGCAACACAUUGACCGUAAUACCCUAAGUAAGUAGCUGCCUAUUGGUCUGUUCUCUAAUUUUAUUCUCAAAGCAGUCUUAAAAUAAACCAAGUUCUAAAAUAAACUAAACUGAAUGCUUGUGUACUAUGAGUGGGACUAGAGCCACAGAUUGUGAACCACAUGGACUGUUAGGAGUAGAACCAACAUUUCUGUUUUUAAACUUUGUUAGUGUUUUUGUAUGAUUUGUGCUUUGUUUUAAUGUGUUACUUUAUACAUUUCAAUUGAAAAUGAACUAAACUGUGCCUUUAAUGAAUGAUAAUUAAAAUAACUUCUUUGCACUGUCAUUUUUUUUAUUACAAAUAGCUCACAUUUUAUAUCUGCACAGGUUUGUAUAAGAUAAAUAUUUCUUAUUUGGACACAUAAGGAAAAUAAAACAUCUAAUGUAUACUCACCAAAAUGUACUAUAUCAUGUAUGUCAUAUUACUACGAUUUCUACUAUUAUUACUGCUACU